AUGGCCGCCAGGAACUUCUUCGUCCGAUCCCCCACAGAGGAGGAAUCCAGCGCCGCCAUCCGAGAGGCUGUCCUGUUGGGAGGGAAGAACGCCGCCAUUGCUGGCACCGUGGUUGCGGUUCCCACGUUCGUUGCCUGCCGUGUCCUUCCUUGGGCCAAGCACAAUCUGAACUACACCGCGCAAGCGCUCAUCAUAUCGACAGCGUGUGUCGCCGGCUUCUUCAUCACCGCGGAUAAAACCAUUCUACGGAACGCAAGGCAAAACACCAUCGGGAGGAUCGACGAGUAG